UCAGGAUGCCGUGCGCAUGCUCAACACCCUGCAGACCAACGCUGGCUACCUGGAGCAGGCGAAGCGCCAGCGUGGCGACCCCCAGACACAGCUGGAAGCCAUGAAAGUGUACCUGGCACGGAGCGGGCUGCAGGUGGAGGACUUGGACCGGCUGAACAUCAUCCAUGUCACUGGAACCAAGGGGAAGGGUUCCACCUGUGCCUUCACGGAAUGUAUCCUCCGAAGCUGUGGUCUGAAGACUGGAUUCUUUAGCUCUCCCCACCUGGUGCAGGUGCGUGAGCGGAUUCGCAUCGAUGGGCAGCCCAUCAGCCCUGAACUCUUCACCAAGCACUUCUGGCGCCUCUACCGCCGGCUGGAGGAGACCGAGGACGACAGCUGUGUCUCCAUGCCGCCCUACUUCCGCUUCCUCACGCUCAUGGCCUUCCACGUCUUCCUCCAGGAGAAGGUGGAUCUGGCGGUGGUGGAGGUGGGCAUCGGCGGGGCUUAUGACUGCACCAACAUUGUCAGCAAGCCCGUGGUGUGUGGAGUCUCCUCUCUUGGCCUUGACCACACCAGCCUUCUGGGGGACACGGUGGAGAAGAUUGCCUGGCAGAAGGGGGGCAUCUUCAAGCCAGGUGUCCCCGCCUUUACUGUGCUCCAGCCUGAAGGUGCCCUGGCGGUGCUGAGGGACCGGGCCCAGCAGAUCUCGUGUCCGCUCUACCUGUGCCCACCCCUGGAGGCACUGGAGGAGCUGGGGCCACCGCUGACCCUGAGCCUGCAUGGGGAGCACCAGCGGUCCAACGCUGCCUUGGCCUUGCAGCUGGCCCGCUGCUGGCUGCAGCAACAAGGCCGCCAGGGUGCCGGAGAGCCAAAGGCAUCCAGAUCCAGCCCCCUGUGGCAGCUGCCCCUGGCACCGGCGUUCCAGCCCACAUCGCACAUGCGGCUCGUCCUGCGCAGCGGGCCCGAGGUGCGUGUCCUGCUCUUCAACGCCACCGGGAACCGGGACCCGGCGGCCCUGCUGCAGCCGCUGCAGCCCUGCCAGUUUGACUAUGCCGUCUUCUGCCCCAACCUGACAGAGGUGGCAUCCAUCGGCAACGCAGACCAGCAGAACCUCACAGUGACUCUGGACCAGGUGCUGUUCCGCUGCCUGGAACACCAGCAGCACUGGAACUGCCUGGGCAAGGAGCAGGCCUGCCCGGAGCCCGCGGGGCCCGGGUCCCCGCUGCUGGCGCCCUGCCCGCCGCACAGCCUCAUCUUCAGCUGCAUCUCGCAGGCCUUGCAGUGGGUCAGCCAAGGCCGGGACCCCGUCUUCCAGCCCCCGAGCCCUCCAAGGAGCCUGUCCGCCCAUCCCGUGGCCGCCAGUGGGGCUCGGGUGUUGCGUGAGGCCUCUGCCAUCCACGUGCUGGUCACGGGCAGCCUGCACCUGGUGGGGGGUGUCCUGAAGCUGUUGGAGCCCUCCCUGUCCCAGUAGCCGAGGCCGCAGGCCCAGAGACACCCCCUGCGUCCCUCUGUGAACUCUGUGCUAGUGCCUUUCGUUUUCUGCUCUCCCCAGUCUGCCUAGACCGGUCAGGGGAUCUGGGUGGGCUCCGGGCGCCGAGUAGAGGGCUGAGGAUGAAAGGCUGGGAGAGGCCGGCCUCUGUGUUUGAGGCUCUGUGCCUGGCGGCUGCUUCCUCCUGACCAAGUGGGCGGGGCCUUCCCGAGUCUCCCACUAUUGGAGCAGGCCAGCUUCCCCCCCACCUGGCCCAGGCCCAGCUUAUUGUGCGAGCGGCCUGACCAGGCCUAGGGUCCUGCCGGGUGCUGGGCAGUAGACUUCCUCCUCCCAGUGCCUUCUGGGAAAGGAGAGGACCCCUGUCUGGGGACAGGGGGUGGCUGGAGUAAAUUAAAGGCUUUAAUUUUGUUUAAAAAAAA